GCUUUGCAGGAGCCCCCCCCCCCCCCCCCCGCUUGCCUGAUAGCUCCAGGGAGGCUGAAGAGGGGUCUCGGCCCUGCCUCCAGCCCCGACGACGUGGAGAGCCCAGGCAAGAGGGUCCAGUGGGCUUCUGAGAAGAGGAGGAGGACGUCAUCCUCAGACUCGGAGUCCAGAACCCACCUGGACCCCUCCAAGCUGCCCAGGUCUCGGAGACCCAGCCGGCUGACCGUCAAGUACGACCGGGGGCAGCUGCAGCGCUGGCUGGACACGGAGCAGUGGGUAGAUGCCCAGGUGCAGGAGCUGUUCCAGGACCAACCGUCGCCCUCCGAGCCCGAGAUUGACCUUGAGGCGCUCAUGGAACUCUCCACCGAAGACCAGAAGGCUCACCUGGAGGCCAUUCUUCAAAACUGCCCUCGCCCCACAGAGCCUUUUAUCUCUGAGCUGCUCAGUCAACUCAAGAAACUCCGCAGACUCAGCCGACCUCAGAAGUAGCCUGGGCAGAUCUCGGCAGCCCGAGUACCACCAGGCCUCCCUGUCGGGUACCAGCUGGGCGGGAAACAGCUGGACAGGACAUGGACAGAGUGUGGAGGAGAAGGGGGGUGUUUGUAGGCCCCUAGAAUGUGUUCUCACAGCCAGGUUCGAUUGGCUGGGCUUCUGGGAGCCAUUGGCUUUGUCCAAUGUGUACCUUGGUAGCUAGUGGAUAAAACUUUUAGGAACCCCAGC